CAGGGGUGGACUGACCAUUUGGAAACUCGGUCAUUGCCCGAGGGCCCGGGGUCAGUAGGGGGCCCCAUGAGAUGCCCCUGGUACCUUUUUCAUGGGCUUUUUUGAGUUUGGGCAAGGACACAGGGGCCCCAUGAUCCCCUAUUGCCCAGAGGCCCCAUGAAUUGUCAGUCCGCCCCUGGUUUACAUACAUGCCCAUCAGUACCACCUAUCAAUGCCCAUCAGUGCCGCCUAUCAGUGCCCAUCACUGCAACCUCAUUAGCGCAC